CCAGAAUGUUGACCAUUGCUCUCACAGCCCUUCUCUGUGCCUCCGCCUCCGCCAGUGCCAUCCAGGCAAGGUCCUCCUCCUAUAACGGGGAGUAUGGAGGUGGCGGAGGACAGCGAUUCUCCCAUUCUGGCAACCAACUGGACGGCCCCAUCACUGCCAUACGUGUCCGAGUCAACAGAUACUACAUCGUGGGCCUCCAGGUGCGCUAUGGCAAGGUGUGGAGUGACUAUGUGGGUGGCACCCGGGGAGACCUGGAGGAGAUCUUUCUGCACUCCGGGGAGUCAGUGAUCCAGGUGUCUGGCAAGUACAAGCGCUACCUGAGGAAGCUGGUCUUUGUGACGGACAAGGGCCGCUACCUGCCUUUUGGGAAAGACACAGGCACGAGUUUCAACGCUGUCCCCUUGCACCCCAACACCGUGCUCCGAUUCAUCAGUGGCCGAGCUGGCGCUGUCAUUGAUGCCAUCGGGCUGCACUGGGACGUCUACCCCAGUGACUGCAGCAGCUGCUGA